CUGCUCCGAAUUAGGGCGCCUUGUUAACGCAUAUUGGCAUCCAAUAUUUUCGACCGUGUGGGAAGAAGACGAGACACAGCGUGUGUGUGUGUGUGUGCGUAAGAGAGACCAAAAACAGUGCACUGCGAUCAGUCCGCCAUGCCUUGACGAAAGGUGUGCCGGUUCAGAAAAAGUGAGAGAAAGAAAGAAACGGGAGUGCGGGACGAGUGCGCGGAAUCGCUUUUAAUUAAUGUAACGUUUAGCAACUAAUUCUCCCUUUUCAUUAGUUGUACGUUUUUAAACCAGCGCGCAGUGUUUGGGAAUACGAGAUGUCGUAAGGUGUUCGCACAUAACUUAUUCAACUUUGUUUUUGUUUUUUUUUACUUGGUGUGUAGGCUAUUUUUGGGGAAAUAUAACAUUCUUUGAGACCGAAGAGGGAAUAGCGAUGUCUUGUUCGCUUUGCUCUGGACGUUCACCGUGGAAAAACACAAAAUUCUCAAAUGGAAAAUGAAAGAACUCCAAUGAAAGAAAGCAUAACCUGUAGACGCGAUUGUGGAUUUAUUUCCCUUUUCUUGGCUCACGGCGCGCCGUGACCUGCAGCGACUCACGCAUCCAAGAACGGAAGGAGAAACCCGGUCGUUUUAAGUUACAGCUUUUUGUGUUGCUGUGAACUCUUAAACACGUCGAGUGGGAACAAUAACGGACGCCGUUAUUCUGUGUUGCAAGGACAGUUACUUUAUUGACACCAACGACACGAAAACAACGGGACUUAUCUCCAUUUUUUUAAAUUCUGGGAAACAAAGGGCAGAGAGACUGGUCGCUGUUAACUGCAGGACGCAGCCUACUGUAUGGACCGCUGGCUGGGAAUGGGCUGCACUCCACAGAGACGGACUCAAAACAUAUAACUUUUGUAGAUCUUAAAAUAGAGAGGAAAAGGCCAGGCUUCUGACGUGAAAAGACUGGGUAACUAAGCUAACGGACACUAAAGCCUACCAGUCUGCUGAUUCACGAUAAGGGAAGGGUCGCGUGCAUUUCCUAACAACAGUAGCCCAUCUACAGUAGGGAAACGAUGACUUGGUGACCGGGCCCACCUUGGCAGGAAGUAAUCUCUUUCGAUGUCAUAAUUGUUUUCAUGAUUAUUAGCAUUGUCCAGUAUUUAUUGCGCACUCACCAUAAUCCGUGAAUUUAAGUUUGAUGAUCACUGACGUUCCAAUGAGCACUGGCCUACUUGAGCACAGUAAUUGCGCAUGUGAUGCUUUGUGUGUCUUAAGUUCCAUAGACUGAUUCAUUUCCGGACUCCACACUCCCCGGUGUUAGAGGCGGUUUGUGGGAAGGGCCGGCUCCCGGUGUUAGAGGCGGUUUGUGGGAAGGCCAGGUGCAUGAUGGACCGCCUCAGCAGUAGACUGCUGGAGAAGCUGAAGCUGACGGACGGCUCGAAGAGGAAAGGGGAGCCCGUCAACGCAAACAACAACAACAGCUGCAGCGGCGGGGGGGCAGGAGCAGGGCCGGCCAGGCUGCCCCCCCCAGCGCCCAGCGAGGCUUCAGGGUGCGUGUACGGAGCGGCGCCGGUCUCCCCCGCCCGCCGGGCAUCAGAGAGCGGCCCCAGCAGCGAGCCCCAUCACCCCGCCAUCGACCCGGCCCCCCCCCUGAGACGCAGCCUGCCCGGGGGGCCGAUGGAGGCAGGCGGCGUGGGCGUGGCGGCCAGCUACCGCCGCUAUUCACUCCUGUCGCAGCCGGCCCCGCCCCCAUACGCGCCCCCCAGUGGCGGCGCGCAUCGCUGCAGUGUGGGGGAGCCGGGCUUCGGGCCGGAGGCAGAGCGCCAUAAACGCUUCUCCCUGCAGGAGGCGCUGUUCUACACGCGGCCCGGCGCGGGGGCCGAGGCCUGGGAGCGGCCGGCCCUGGGGCCCAGCCCGCGGUCCUCGCUCAGCCUGCAGGAGUCCCUGUGGAGCGCGCGCUCCAGCUUCGCCAGCUCGGCCAGCGGAGGCAGCCCCCCGGGCAGCCGCUGCAGCAGCAGCCGCACCAGCGGGAUCAGCCUGGGCUUCGACUCGCGCCACGCCCAGCUGCUCCCUCAGGGCCCCCCCGCCGGCCCCGCUCGGCCGCUGGGGACCCCCUCUGUGGAGAUGUGGAGGGGGUAUCCGGACGGGCCCGGGGGGGCGGGGCAGGACAGCCGCCACUCGUACCCCCCGGCCCUGGGGAGCCCCGCGGCCGCUAGUCUCCGGGGGCCCGUCUGGGGGGAGGGGCCCCUGCAGGGGCCGCCCGGGGCCCGGGGCCGGUACUCUGACCUGCCCGGGACAAGGUACCAGGAGGAGCUGACCCAGCUGCUGUGCUGGGAGGCCGCCCUGCGGGGCGAAGACCCAGGAGACCCCAACGGCCUGCUGGGAACCCUGCAGGGACUGACCCUCAAAGACCCGCCCCCUGGGCCCAGCCCCGCCCCCAGCCCCGCCCCCAGUCCCGCCUCCCCAGUGGAGCAGGGAGGGGCCAGGGACACUGACAGCCGGCAGGAUUACUUUGGUACCUGUAUAAAGUGUGGUAAAGGGGUCUAUGGAGCAGAGAAUGCCUGCCAGGCUUUAGAGAGCCUCUAUCACACACGCUGCUUCACCUGUGUAUCCUGCGGCCGCACUCUCAGAAAUAAGGAUUUCUAUAACGUUGGGGGCUCAGUGUACUGUAAGGAGGACUACAUGUUCUCAGGGUUUCAAGCAGCAGCUGAGAAGUGCAGUGUGUGUGGUCAUCUGAUCCUGGAGAAGAUCUUGCAGGCUCUGGGGAACUCGUACCACCCAGGCUGUUUCCGGUGUGUGGUGUGCUCUAAAACGUUAGAUGGAGUUCCCUUCACAGUGGACUACCUCAACAACGUCUACUGCGUGUCUGACUAUAACAGGACCUUUGCUCCAAAGUGUGCUGCUUGUCUACAGCCAAUUCUACCUGCAGAGGGCAGUGAGGAGAUCCUCAGGGUUGUGUCCAUGAACAAAGACUACCACUUUGAGUGCUACCACUGCGAGGAGUGUGGUAAGCAGCUCUCAGAUCAGCUGGGCUCACAGUGCUUCCCUCUGGACUCUCACCUGCUCUGUCACUCCUGUCACAUGACCCGGGUGUGUGCCUCUCUCAGUCUCCUCCCUCCCAACCCUCAGUGAUGCGCGCACACACAAACACACGCACACACCCACGCACACAAACACACGCACACACCCACGCACACAAACACACGCACACAAACACACGCAGACAGAGCCAACACAUGCGCCCACGCACACAGACACUCACAUGCUACAUACAUGUUUAUAUGUAACCCACUUACUUGGACACUAACAAGGCACUGGGGCUGUGUAUUAAUCACAAACUGAGACCUGGCUCUCUCACUGUCAGACUGUGCGCUCACACUGUCAGACUGUGCUGGUCUUACUGUGUUAAGACUGUGUGGUCAGACUGUUAGAUUAUGCAGUCUUACUGUCAGACUGUGCUGGCCCCACUGUCAGUCUUACUGUCAGACUGUGCUGGCCCCACUGUCAGUCUUACUGUCAGACUGUGCUGGCCCCACUGUCAGUCUUACUGUCAGACUGUGCUGGUCACACCGUUAGAUUGUGCAGACUACUGUUUUACAGCCUGUGUUUCUACUGCAACUUUGAUCUGAAGUAAAGGAGCUAUCUUGAUAAAGUUUUAUAUUUAAUAUCACUAGCAACUGUUUUGCACUUAAAGAUGAAUGUGUUAAAGAAAUUUGUCUUGUAAAAACGUUCCAUGGAGAUACAGUCUUGAUAUUUGUGUUUUAAUUAAAUAUUUAAAUUGUAAA